AUGGCCGAUCCUAUUUCGACGAUAGGUCUAGGUAUUGGUAUUGUAUCCAUUAUCCUACAGAUAACAGAUGAGUGUAUUAAGAGAUAUAAAUACUUUAUAGAAGCUACUCACAUGCCCGAGUUGUAUAAGCAUUUGAGAAUCCAAGUUCAAAUUGAGCAACAGCGAUUUCUCGGCUUCGCACACGAAGCUGGCCUUUUACAUGAGAAAGGAAAAAUAUGCGCAGUCCUUGGCGUUAAUCACUUAAUACUGAAAGACGUUCUCAUCGCAAUCAAUACUCUCUUCCAAGAAUAUGAACAGAAAAAUAUGAAAUAUGAGAGUAUUGUAGGCCGAAGAGAUAUUCCUUGGGACGACUCAAGCGAACCUCAAUCAAACCUAGUACCAUUGCUACGCUUCGACUCCAUAUACGCCACGGAGAACAACAAUCCCGAGGAACAGAACCAUGCUUUCUCUAUAUCUAGAGGUUUUCGAAAGGCGGGAUAUCGAACAGCAACAGUUGCGCGCAAGCUUCGAACAAUUUUUGCGGAACCCAAACGCCUUGUCUGGGUAAGCGUCGACAAAGAGGAAUUCGAGAGCCUUGUAGAAAGGCUUCGGGUCUUCAACUCCUUUCUAAUAGGUCUUCUCGACACAUCGCACAUAAAGAGGUUAGAAAAUUAUGCUGAGAUGAAUUAUCUGGAGCUUUUACACCUUCAGGGCGACGUCCAGAGUCUGAGAAUCCUAAUUGAGGCUCUAGAUCGAGAUGCUAUUAACUUUAAAAAAAAGGUUGAUCCGAUUCUAUCUAGCCUUAUUCAAAAACUGUCUCUAGAGCCAGCUAUGAUAGAGAGCAUAGUAGAUGACCAUGAAAGCAGACAAUAUAUUCGAAGAUUAGCCAAACUUAAACUUCGUCACGUCGAGAUUGAUCAACCACAAGUUCUUGACACACCAAUCUUUUACGAUUCUACUACUAUGUUGUUGGACAUAUCUAUAUUCAACUUCUGCCCUGGAGAUUCCCUCAGAUGCGACAAGAAGAGACGGUCGGUAGCAUCCUGGGGAGAUCGCAAGGUGUGGGUUGAAUGGAUUGAGCAGCCACCACAUCGUCUAGAGGAAUAUGCGGCAGUUUCAUUAUCCGAGAGAAGGGUAACGAUGCUCACAAGGUUGCUCAGCGAGGAGAUACCACCAAAUUUCAGGGCCCCCAGAUGUUUAGGCUACACUAAAUCCCCAAUAUGCAACGGAGAAUUCGAUUUUGGCAUAGUGUUUGAAAAUCCAUCUGACAUGUAUCCAAACUCGAUGUGGGCAACCCUCCACCAUCUGUUAACUGAUCACCCGAAACCCUCAAUAACUACGAGGAUAUCUCUUUCUAGUGCCUUGGCCGAUUGCCUUUUUAGUUUUCAUUCCGUUGAUUGGCUACACAAAAGCCUUGGAAGUGAGAAUAUCUUGUUCUUUUACGAAGAUAAGGAACAAGUAAACAUCGAUAUGCCAUAUAUCGCAGGCUACGAUUUUUCUCGGCCGACAAGCAUACUUGAAAUGACGAGAAAACCUCCAUUUGAUCCAUGGUCUGAUAUCUACCGACAUCCUUUCGCUCAAUUUGGGGAAGCGAAAAGUCAUUACCGAAAAGCGUACGAUAUGUACAGCCUAGGUGUUUUGCUCAUAGAGAUAGCUCUAUGGAAGCCUAUUGAGAAAAUACUGGAUAUUAAGGACUUGAGGGAAAUAACAUGUCAGGACUUGCGAGGCAUAGCCGGGAAGCUGCGAGGACUGCCAGACGCCGCCGGCGAAACUACCAGCAACAUUCGAACACCCAUAGAGGAUAUUGCGAAUGAAUGUGGCAAUUCAUAUCGUGACAUCGUGGAGAUGUGUCUCAAAGCAAAUGAGGCAGAGAACCCGGCAUAUAUAGGAGAGUCAUCUGCCUCCAUCAAGACUAGGUUACGGAUGAUGUUCAGGGAGCAAAUCACAGACAAGCUUAGGACGCUGAAGGAAGUUCUAAGCAGUUCAAAAUAAGAGAUUCGGUUCAUCAGAGGCUUGAGAUCAUACUGCUCAAGACCUAGCACGAAGAAAGAGGAUGGCAGAGGACACGAAGGGUCGGGAAAUUUGGUACGGACCAAGCUAGUAGGGAAGAUUGAAGUUUUAGAACCCUGUCUUUAUUGUUUACAUAGUGAAUCGUAGUAUAGUGUUUUGUUCUCUUAGCAUGGACCUUACGUCAUCAUGCUGACUGAUCACUCAUCGAUGGACUUCUUAUAGAAGUUCGUCAAGGUCUCUCACCUUGGACCUCACCACCUUCUUUAGCACCUACACUACUAUAUACACUCUUUACACCUA